UGAUGUUGCGACUAUUGUAAGUGUGCAAUUUUUUUGGAGCCGACGUGCAGAAGCGUCGCUCUUUUCGUCACGUUCCAUAUUCUGCUUUUGAUCACAUCGCACAGCAUACGAGCAUUGAGUGCUGGAUUGAACCAGAAACAUUUGCUUGAAACGACAAAAGGUCCAAAGAAAAUUUCGGUCCAGGAAAAUGGCACGCACCGCAAAGAAGGCCGAUAAAAAAGAAGCGAAGGCUGAGAAAAGCAUUGUCAAACAGUCGAAAAAGUCCAAGAAGUCCAAAGAAUCGAAACCAGAUGCGAAGAAGCCAAAGAAAAGGACUCAAAGCUAUGGUCCAUUCUUGUACAGAGUGUUGAAGCAAGUGCAUGAAAGUACGGACAUUAGCAAUGAGGCAAUGGACAUUUUGAACGACUUCAUGAACGAUAUUUUUGAACGGAUUGCAAAUGAGGCAUCGGUUCUAACGCAUCGCAACAAAAGCAAAACGUUAGGCUCACGCGAUAUCAUGACGGCCGUUAAGCUUCUGUUCGCCGGUGAAUUGGCCCGCCACGCAUUGGCUGAAGCAAACCAGGCACUUGCCAGAUACAAACAAAGCUACGGUGCAGUUGACAAGAAAACGAAGGGAAAAAAAGUGAAAAACAAUGAAGAAAACGACGAAGAAGAUGAUGAAGAAGAAAAUGAAGAAAACGACGAAGAAGAUGAUGAAAGUGAAGACGAAUGAAUAGGAGGAAAUGUUUGAAUAAAGAAUUGAUGAUUUUAUAGGAAUUGUAUCAAUUUUAUGAAAAUUAGCUAUCGCGUUGAUCGUAUUUGUAGAAAAAUGUGUAAAUUAUUCCGUUGCUUUAAUUCCGAAAAAAUAUUUUUAUAAAAAUGAGUACAAAAGAAGAAAAAAGAAAAAAAUAAAUAAAUAGACAAAUUCAUCGUU